AUGUCGGACCCCCCCCCUCUCACGCCCUUGAACCGCGUCCUCUGCCCCCGCCUCAACCUCUUCCCCCCCAACACGCCGCCCAACCUCUACGCCGACACCGUCGCCUACUUCACCUCGAUCCCCUGGUGCGCCGAGCUGCUCCUCCGCCCCGACGUCGACAGCCCCGACGACGACAGCCCGGGCCCCGCCGCGCCCGCCGCGAUCCCCUUCAUCCCGCAGUGCGUCAAUCCCGCGUCCCCCCAGCACGACCAGUUCGUCGGGGCGACGCUGGCCUCCCACCCGCGCGGGCUGGAGCACAUGCUCUGCUUCUUCCGGCCGCGCGACGCGGCCCACGCGCGGGACGCCCUCCGCCCCGUGGACCGGGUGGACGCGCUGUUCGCCCUGGGCGACGGCCUGACGGGGUACCGGGGCCUCCUGCACGGCGGCAUGGCCGCGACCCUGGUGGACGAGGCCAUGGGCACCGUCAACGAGAUCAACACGGCGCUGGGGAAGCGCGGCCUCGUCCACGAGCGGAGCAGCGUCACGGCCCGGCUGGAGAUGGAGUUCCGCCGGCCGGUCCGCCUGCCGGCCGUGGUGCGCGUCACGUCGUGGACCGAGGGCAUCGACGGGAGGAAGACGCGCGUGAGGUGCGAGCUGAGGGAUGGUCAGGGGGUCGUGCUGGCCACGGCGGCGAGCGUGUGGGUGGCCCUGAGGCCGAGUCUCUGA